AAUGUCAAUUUAGUAAAUGCUGUUUUCAAGUCCAACGGGUUUCCUUGUUUUGUUUGAUAUUUUUAAAGCCGCUAGUUUGUGCUGAAAAAUGACUUCAUGUAAAUAUUCCGAGCAGCUCGCUAAUAUGAAGCGACUAAAAGAAAAAAUGAAGGCAUUGUACCAUGAAACAGUGGAACAGAUGCCGACGGAUUCGCACUGGGACACCGUUUACUGUAACAUUAACAACGUGAUGGAGCAACUCAAAAUACACAACCUGAAAGCACAGCAACAUCAAAGCACUGACCCAUGGUCCGAAAAGGAUAUGGUUAAUUUAAACAAAAUACUUGCACUUACUUACGCUUGUAUCAAGGAUUGCGGUAACAUCAAGCAACAUGAUGGCUACGACUGUACAAGCAAAGAUGGUAACUCAGCAGUCGUUCCUGGAUUUGGAGAGCAAAUGGUCAAAAUGAAACAACAAGUUGAUUUGAUUUCAUUCGAAAUAACUAAACUGAAAGCGGUCAAGGACGCUCUCGACAACAUUUACUCGAACUAUAAUGUGGAAAUGGCUGUUUCAUCAAAUGAGCAAGAUAACGAAGAAGAGUGUGAUGAGGCAGUGGACGAUGUUUUCAUCUAAUCCUUGCGCAAUGAUAUGAGUAACAUGUACAUAUUAAAGGUUCUCAUUGUAAAACAAUUAA